CAUUCCAAAUACCAAGAGUGAUGAUUCAAGAGAGCAACUAUAGUGUAGCCUGCGUCUCCAUUUGAUGAUCCACGUUUCCGUUUUCUAAGGUUCACGUUAAAUAUGGCUGGAGUCUGGACCACUGUGGUCUGGACUGUGGACCUGGGAUCCUGACUCGGGACAGCGGUAGUUACGACAACCAGCAGAUAAAGGAAAAUUUUUAACUGUUGGACGAUUUACAAAAUUGAAACCAAGAACAUUGUAGUGUUUGAUAGAAUGGCUAGAAAUGCAGACAAAUAACGAACUUUUUGCGACGUUGACAACGCAGAUUAAUGAAGCUAAGAAAUUUGUCGAACGCGCAUUGGCGUUUGAGAAGUUGAACAUUGACGGUGCAAGCAAGUUGAGCAAAAAGAUCAAAGCAGAACUGAAGUUUCUGACUGGGUUAAGCAAAGGUCAUAUGCCACUAAAAGCAUGUCACUUGAACAGCACAAACCUCUCACAUCUUGGAGCAACGCUUGAUGUCGCUGAAAAACUUACUGUGACCAAUCUGUUAAAACCUUUUAAUUGGUAUCAAGACCAAGACAGGACCUUGGGUCAAACCAUGUCUACUGUUGUGGUAGAUGUAGUCACUGCCAAAGGAUGGUUUAAAGUGGUUGCUAGGAAUCCAAAUGCUCUUCAUACUGCAUGGCAAGGUGAAGGGAAUUUUGGUGAAAAGUCAAUUGAAGAGCAAGCAAAGGAAUAUCUCUGUGCUAGCAAGCAAAAUAAAAUCAAUUUUACGACACCCCAAGUAACAUUUGUGUUCACGCAAGGAGCAACUGAAGACCUUGCAGUUUGCUUGCUGAAUCAUGGCAUCUACAUACAAGGAAAGAUAUUGCCAAAUCCAGGCUGUGAUUCUUUGCUAAAUAAUGAAAUAUGGAAUAAAAAUGAACGAAGAGAACCUGCAGUCCCUGAAUGCCAAAAAGUUAAUCUCGAUGUGACGGCAAUGAUUGCGUUAGUUUCGUCGAUGACAAACGGUUCUUGUCAUUUUCAAUUCGAGGAUCAAAUUUUGACCGAACAGGCGGAGAAGGAACGGGAAAAACCAGUUUUAACACAACUGAACGCUAUGUUACAGGGAAAGGAAAUGUUUGCGUGUUCUCUGGCUAUUUCCAGCUUUCGUGCAAUUUUGGAGACAUUAGGUGGACCUAACGAAAAGGAACGUGCCAGAAAACUGCUUCGCAAUGUUACAGAAGUGCACGAUGACCCCUCAACAAGAUCUAAAGAGUUAUUGGCAAGUGCAAGCAUCAAGGAAAGACCAAAAAUUGUGUUUGGAACAGGUGACAAAUUACAAGCCAUAACUGUUUCCUCUAAUGGUUCGUUUGUCAGAGCAGCAAAAGAGCAGGGUAUCGAAUUCGCUGUGUUUCUUCAUGAGCCCCGAGCUCUGACUGAAAACAAAGAGCUUUACGCCACUCCAAUUUAAAGACGAUUUCCAGUUACAGUUGGUGAAAUUGUGUGCAAAUGUUGGUGUGAUAAUUUAACUGCGUGAGAUUAAAAGCACUAUAUUCUGCUGUAAAAUAAUUUUUUCCCGUCAUAUUACUUGGCCAAAUUCUUUUUCCAACUUAAGAAGAUGAAAAUUGUUAAAUGAAAGAUGCAAGAAUUUAAACAUAUGCAAGUUUACUCAUGGCCACAAAGAUAUUGACUGGACGACAGGCUCAGAAACGUCAGCGUUCAGAUAUUUAGGCUAUUUCAAAAAAACAAUCGAUAUUUUUUAAUUUGCUCAUCCCCCGACGUAUGGUAAUAUAAUUGAUAUACAACUUGUAGCUUGAAAAUAACAAAACAUGUAUUUAUAUAUAUUAAAGAAUCUUUCGUUAUAUA